CAUGUCCUUUGACAUAAUUAUCUGCUCUAUACAGACUAUCUAAGCUCAUGACAGCCUCAACAUGUCUGUUCAUUGGUCACAUCAGAGUGCAUUACUAGUACUACUCACCUGCCUGCUCCACCAUUUUACUGGAGGUGAGCUUAUCUGCGGUUCAGCUAUUGGAAACUACGACUGCAAUCAUGUCGACAUUGACCAUAUCUGCAAGGAUGAGACACAACCCCCUCCUGUAUGUCCCCCAGUGGCUCCGCUCUCUCUCAACACUGAUGGCACUUACUUCAGAAUAGGCUGCUCUGCCUCACCAACAAAUCAACAAGCAAGAAGCUCCACGACUGAUGCACAGCUGUCACUAACGCCAGUCGCACACAAUUGUUGGGAAUACAACCUCACAGUGUCAUGGACGUUCAAUACAACUAUUCCAACAGGAUCAAGAUAUGAGUUAAAAUAUUUUAGUAGAAAUGGAGAUCUCAUCCGCACAAUAUGCUCACAACAAAUUGACUGGACUCGCAGUUCAUUUGAUGGAUUGGAAUUUGGGGAAGAUGUACAUGUAGUUGAAUUAACUGUACUGGCUGCCAAUGACUCUGAAUCUGUGUUGUUGGUGAUAAGAACUGAAUUAACUCAUUCUCUGUCUUCAUAUUAUGAAAUUUUACCUGUCUCUCCAUAUCGCUGCGGUCUAGUGGAGAAGAUACGAACCAGUCCUGUGACUAACCUCUUUCACACUCUAAGUUUGAAGGAGGGUACAUACCGUGUGGAAUUGACGUGGGAGCCACCCGCUCCAGUGGUACAAUACAUGAUCCCUGUGACGUAUUUUGUUACCCUAUUCAACAGUUCAUUCUCGACUACAGUUCACACCAACCAGACUCAGAUGGUUAUCUACUCCCUAGAACCCACGAGAGAGCACUUUAUCAAGGUAGAGCCCUUUGUGCCCUGUAGCUCUACUUGUGGGAGCAGUGAGAAUCGCACAAUACUAAGUGCUCCUUUUACUUCACCGAAUAUCUCACAUAUUGUAACACUCUCGCCGACUACCAUUGAAGCUAAAUGGAAUGAUAUCCCAGAAUCAGAUCUGAAUGGAAUUAUUUCACAGUACGAGGUCCGAUACAAAGUUGUGAACGAAAGUAUGUUAGAUUCAAUCUUCACUCGUAAUCUGUCCGUCCUUCUAUCUGAUUUGAGAGCAUCCACUGCGUACGAAGUGUCUGUACGAGCCUACACCAGUGUAGGGCCAGGUCCAUUCUGCAUGGCUGUUACAAACCAGACCAUGGAUGAAGAAGUAGCUACUGUUGAUGUUGCAAUUGUAGCUGGUGUCUCAACAGGUGUUGUUGUUGUUGCGGUCUCCUUCUGUGUGGUGUUGUUCAUCACCGUACUCGUGUUGAUUAGAAGAAAGACAGAGGAGGCGGAAGUGACAUCUGAUAAUAGGGCCAAUCUAUCACGACUAGAUAUCUCAAAAUCACCCAGUGAAGUAACAUUUUGCUGUACAGAAUCACCUCUUGAUAAAGAAUCACCUCUUGAUAAAGAAUCAUUUCUUGAUUCUUCAUCUGAUUACAGCUUUCCAAUGUCACGUCCUACCCAUGUGAUGGCUACCAACAAUCCCAUUGUUGAAUACCCUUCCUCCACCACGACACUCCCUGACAUAGAACAAACAUCCAUUGAGUCCCUGAACAAUAUUGAACUACCCCCUGUGAAGCCGCUGAACAGUCAAUCAAGUCCUAUCCGAGGUGUAUCACCUGACAGUCCUUCUGUGGUUGUUCUAUACUCUCCAAAGACACCAACGUUCGAGAUAAGAGAUAUUCUUGGAACGCUGGUAGUGGGAUUGUGUCAAUAUGGCAUCAACGCUAAGUCUCCGGACACCUGCGUCAGUGAUAGUAUCUCUGCCUGGCUUGAGAGAGAGGUGGAGAACUCUAUCGUACUCCUUGUGUGCAACGAAGCCCUAAAGAGUGACUGGGAGUGUGAGAGGCCUAGCAAGCUGGUGUGUUCCCUCAGACAGCUGCUACAUGGCAGUUUGGUGGAUAGGGGACUCUCAAAAUUUGCUACUGUGUUUAUGGGCAAGGAUGCAGAGAGUGGUUAUGUGCCAAGUGCUUAUCUCAUGCCCCAGAACCAAUUCACUGUCAGAGACAUUAGGGAUAUUGAUGAUAUAUCACAUUUUGUGUUUAAGAUUCCACGUUACGAAGCAUGUUACGAAGCAUCAUAAUAUGUAUUAUAUGAUUUUUACUUUGUGAUAAUUUUUUGUACAGUGCAACAACCAAAGAGAGUAGAUUUUUUUUUUUGGUACACAUUUUUUACAUUUUGUGGCAUAUCUUCUAAAGUAAAAGUGAUAUGAUCUAUUUGAGUGCAGGUA